CUUGGUCAUGUGACCUGCGACGUCAGCAACGACAUGGCAGCCUCCUUGUUUAGUAAACUGACACAAGGUUCGAGUUGGUAAACAAAAAGUACGCGUCGAUUUGUCUCCCGGGAGCCACAUUUGAAAGGCGGAGGAGCGGAAACAGCUAUGUCUCCAAAGAUCACAGGGGAGCUUCUCCGGCUUCUUCGGCAGGCAAUGAAGAAUUGUAAAUAUUUUUCAGAGCCGAUCCAUGCCUACAUAGUCCCAUCUGGAGAUGCACAUCAGAGUGAAUAUAUUGCACCCUGUGACUGCAGACGGGAAUUCAUCUGUGGAUUCAAUGGUUCUGCAGGAACAGCCAUUAUCACAGAGCAGCACGCUGCCAUGUGGACGGACGGGCGAUAUUUCCUCCAGGCCAGCCAGCAGAUGGACAACAACUGGACUCUUAUGAAGAUGGGACUGAAGGAGACGCCAUCACAGGAAGACUGGCUGAUCAGCGUCUUGCCGGAAAACUCCAAAGUGGGCGUAGAUCCCUGGAUCAUUGCUGCUGACCAGUGGAAGAACAUGUCCAAGGCGCUGACCAGUGCCGGCCACUCGCUGGUGGCGGUGCAGGACAACCUGAUCGACGUGGUCUGGAUGGACCGGCCGGAACGACCGAGCACGCAGCUCCUCACCCUUGGACUGGAAUACACCGGUAUCUCCUGGCAGGACAAGAUCAAGACACUGCGAGCCAAGAUGACAGAAAGGAAGAUCAGCUGGUUUGUCGCCACAGCUCUGGACGAGAUUGCAUGGCUUUUCAACCUGCGAGGCGCAGACAUUAAUUACAACCCAGUGUUCUUUGCGUAUGCCAUCGUGGGAAUGAACUCCAUAAGGCUUUUUGUGGACCUGAAGCGCCUUUCUAACCCAGCAGUGAGGGACCACCUGCAGCUGGACUCCCCUAGCCGGCCGGAGCUGAGCAUCCAGACGUUCCCGUACGAGUCGGUCUACACGGAGCUCCAGGCGAUCUGCGCCGCUCUCGGACCCAAAGAUAAAGUGUGGAUCUGUGACAAGGCCAGCUGCGCUCUUACGCAGGUCAUCCCCAAGGUUCACAGGUCCCCAAUUCCCUACACCCCGCUCUGCCUGGCUAAGGCCGUGAAGAACGCCACCGAGAUCAAAGGCAUGAAAAUGGCCCACAUCAAGGAUGCUGUUGCUCUUUGUGAACUCUUCGCAUGGUUGGAAAAGGAGAUUCCCAAAGGCAACGUGACUGAGAUCUCUGCCGCUGAUAAGGCCGAGGAACUCCGCAGCCAUCAGAAAGACUUUGUCGGCCUCAGCUUCCCCACAAUCUCCAGCAUGGGUCCGAACGGAGCCAUCAUACAUUACAGACCCCUUCCUGAAACCAACAGAACUCUCACAGUGAACGAAGUUUAUUUGAUCGACUCUGGAGCUCAGUACAUCGAUGGAACCACAGACGUCACACGCACCAUGCACUUUGGGACGCCCUCUGCUUUUGAGAAGGAAUGCUUCACUUAUGUGCUGAAGGGACACAUAGCUGUCAGUGCUGCCAUUUUCCCCAAUGGAACUAAAGGCCACCUCCUGGACUCGUUUGCCCGUGCGGCGCUGUGGGAAUCCGGACUGGACUACCUUCACGGAACGGGUCACGGCGUGGGAUGCUUCCUCAACGUCCACGAGGGGCCCUGUGGCAUCAGCUACAAAACCUUCGCCGACGAACCUCUGGAGGCUGGCAUGAUCGUCAGCGAUGAGCCUGGAUACUAUGAAGAUGGAUCGUUUGGCAUUCGUCUUGAAAAUGUGGUCCUUGUUGUUCCUGCUAAACCCAAAUACAACUACAGAAACCGGGGAAGUCUGACGUUUGAGCCUCUGACUUUGGUCCCCAUCCAAGUGAAAAUGAUGAACACAGAGUUGCUUACUAAGAAGGAGAAGGACUGGGUGAACGAGUACCACCGGAUGUGCAGGGAGGUGGUCGGAGCGGAGCUGGAGAGGCAGGGCAGGAUGGAGGCUCUGCAGUGGCUCAUCCGGGAGACGCAGCCCAUCGCCUGAAGCGUCCGAUGGCCGCCGCGUUCCUCCGCACUCCGGUCACUCAGCGAUUUGCUCUGCAGUGAUAGUUGUUUGACUUCUUCUCAUCUCGGUCGGUGAUCCACAGUCUGCUUCUUUUCUAAACAACGUCGGUUUUCUUAAAACUUGUUAAUAGUCAAACACUUCUUAUUCUUUUCUAUUUUAUGUCUCAAAAAAAAAAUCGACAGUGAUGUUUUUAAAGGUUUCGUCAAUGCUUUCCAUUAAAGGAACAACGUGUACAAUUGA